AUGACGGAAGCCGUCGCCACCGACAAGAAGCCCAGUUCGAGCGUUAUGCCGCAGCCGGACUCAUUUAAGGGCGACGAAGGCACUCCCAACUUUCGCGCUAUCGGUACUCUGUCUCCCGCAGUCAAUCGCAAAGUCGAGCCUUUUGGUGCAGCCUUCCUUGCUCACGCCCGCCGUCAGCGUCACGGCCGCACAUUCUCCGAAGAUGAUCGUAUUCAGGCUCUAGCCAAGGUCAAGAAGACAGAAGAUGAUGAAGAUGGCGAGAUCAGCGAGCCUGAAGACCCAAUGAUGCUCCAACGUGAUGCCAAGGACUGGAAGGGACAAGAUCACUAUGCUGUUCUCGGUCUCUCUAAGUACCGCUACCGCGCUACUCCCGAGCAAAUCAAGAAAGCCCACCGCAAGAAGGUCCUGAAGCAUCACCCCGACAAGAAGGCUGCCGCGGGUCAAGCCGAGAGCGACUCUUUCUUCAAAUGCAUCCAGCGUGCUGACGAAACUCUCUCCGACCCUGUCAAGCGUCGCCAAUUCGACUCUGUUGACGAAGCAGCUGAUGUUGAGCCGCCCACCAAGAAGGAGAUGCAGAAGAAUUUCUACAAGAAAUGGGGCGCAUUCUUUGAAUCCGAAGCCCGCUUCUCCAACAAGACGCCUGUGCCCAAGCUCGGCAACGAAAAGUCCAGCCGCGAGGAUGUCGAAGAAUUCUACGACUUCUUCUACAACUUUGACUCCUGGCGCAGCUUCGAGUACCUCGAUGAAGACGUUCCAGAUGACAAUGCCGAUCGCGACCACAAGCGUCACAUCGAGAAAAAGAACCGCAACGCCCGCGCUAAGCGCAAGACCGAUGACACUGCCCGCCUGCGCAACACCGUGGAUCUCUGCCUCCAGAAUGACGAGCGCAUCAAGCAAUUUCGCAAGGAAGCUAGCCAGUCCAAGAACAAGAAGCGCAUCGAGAAGGAGGCGCGCGAGAAGAAAGAAGCGGAAGAGAAGAAGGCUGCCGCGGAAGCCGCCGAGAAGAAGCGGCUGGAGGACGAAGAAAAGGCCAAGGCCGACAAGGACGCGGCGAAGAAGAGCAAGGAAGCCGCGAAGAACGCGGUCAAGAAGAACAAGCGUGUGGCUCGCGGCUCCGUCAAGGACGUCAACUACUUCGCUGAGGGAGACGCGUCGGCCGCGCAAGUCGACGCCGUCCUCAACGAUGUCGACAAGGUCCUGGCUGGGACCGAUGCCGAUGAGCUCGCGGAUCUGGUCGCCAAGUUGAAUGUGGCGGGUAAGGACGCGGGUAAGGUGAAGGGAGUCUUUACCGAGACGGUCGUUGAUCUGGUGGGCAAGGGCAAGGUGAAGGAGGGGGAAGUGAAGGUCUUUAAGUGA